AUGCUGGCCGUGACGCUCACCGCCUCCGAGAAGGUGCUGCUGCUGACGGCCCUGGCUGAGGCCCUGGCCGAGCCGCGCGUGUGGGAGCCAUUGCAGCCCGUGUCCGUGGCGAGGGCCUACCCGGCCCCGCCCGGCCCGCCCGCCGGCCUCGCGCGGGACUUCGACGACUACGACGGCCCCCUCGUGAGGGACAGGGGCGGCCUCCGGGAACCCGUCAUCAGGGACCCCGGCUUCAGGGACCCUGUCAUCAGGGACCCCGGCUUCAGGGACCCGGGCUUCAGGGACCCCGGCUUCAGGGACCCCGGCUUCAGGGACCCCGUCCUGAGGGACCCCGUCCUGAGGGACCCCGGCUUCAGGGACCCCGUCCUGAGGGACUCCGUCGUGAGGGACGCCGUCGACAGGGUGCUGGUGACGUCUCGCGACGGCCGCGCCACGCUGUUCGAGCGCGUGAUCCCGGAUGACGUCCACGCCGAGCGCCAGGUGAUGUACGAGCGCAUGCAGCCGGUGCAGCCGAUGCUGCCGGUGCAGCCCAGGAUGCUCUUGGAGCGCGCGGUGGCCCCUCCCGGCCCGCCCGGCUACGACAGGGGGGACUGGGGAGCGUACCUGCCCGCCGGAGAGCCGGCCCUCGACCGCGGCGACCACCUGUACCACCCGGGGGACUACGUGUUCGUGCCCGUGCCGGCCGUGCCGCGCGGCCGCGCCUACAGGGAGUCCUAGCGCCGUGUCUGCUAGUCCGCGCCCCGAAGACAGCGACGGGGCUUUUCCGGCGGAGACACGACCACGUCAGAGAGACAGGGAGGCCGCAUGGCAGUGCGGAGGGAUCUUCAGGGCAAUCAGACACAAUCAGUACAAUAAUAAAAUUUGUAAUUGCGUGUUAUUACUUAUAAUAUACAGAUAUUUUAAGUUACAGAGAAGCUA